UAAACGCUCGACAUCGGUAACGUUAGCCUUACUCCGAAACAGUCGGGUAUGAUGGAGGCUAUCGUUAUCUCAGUAGACGCCGAGCAAACAUACGUUGACACGGCUUACCUCGGAAUAGCAGCCGUUGAUGAGGCCGGGAAUCAGGGGAAAGUUUCCAACAUUGUGUCUAUCGUUGUAGCCAAAGGGUUUCGAAUGAACUUCGAGGGGAAAACAAAUAGCACGAAAUUUGAAGAUGAAAUCAUUACUUCCCCAGCUACGACUGUGGCAACGGAAACUGUGACAGCCACGGCUGUGGCAACGGACGCUGUGACAACGGAAACUGUAACAGCUACGACUGUGGCAACGGACGCUGUGACACAGGUUGUUUCAUAUGGACGUCCUAACGUUGAUGAUAGUAACAUAGGGCUUAUUGUCGGAGUUAGCGUCGGGGUUCUUGCUGGAAUGGUUGUUGUUGGACUCAUACUGUUUGUCAUUCUGAGAAAAAGAAAACAGCGAUCUACUUACGAAGUGAGUCGAAUGGGUCAAGCUGCACUCCAUGAACAUGCGAACGUCAGCUACGUGACAGAGAAUUAGUGAAGGCUUCAAUGCAUUCAUUGUACUGAAGGAGACUAAUUGUAUCGUGUUUGUUUUAAAGAAACGUAUGUGACAAUGUAUUUGAAAUAAUUUGUAUAUUGAAAAUAAAUUAUGUUUGUAACCACAUAA